AUGAACCUGAAAUGCGAACUGGCCAAAAAUGGCAUCAGAGUGGCUAUUGAUCGCGGAGGUACAUUCACCGAUGUGAUCGCAUUUUAUCCGGAUGGAAGUGAGAAGAUUUUCAAAUUGCUAUCCUCCGAUCCCAAGAACUAUAGCGAUGCCGCCAACGAGGCAAUUCGGCGCAUUCUGGAAGAAUUUGAGGGAAGGCCACUAGCAAAGAAGGCCCCUUUAGAUCUGAAAAAUAUUGAUUCACUCCGCAUGGGCACCACUGUGGCAACGAAUGCUUUGCUGGAGAGACAGGGAGCCCGAACGGCAUUAUUCAUCACCAAGGGAUUCAAAGACCUGUUAAAAAUUGGAAACCAGUCCCGCCCGAACAUGUUCGCCUUGAACGUGCAAAGACCAGGCCUUCUGUACACCAAAGUUGUGGAGGUUGAUGAACGCGUCACAUUGGCUGAGUCGACCUCAUAUCAACGAGGUUCCAAUGAUGGCAUUGUAAAUACAAAUGCAUCCUCGCACGAUAAUUCCGAGACCAGCAUUGUCACUGGUAUCUCUGGAGAGAAAGUGCGGGUUCUUCAGAAACUUGACCUUCCAGCUGUUGUGAAGUCGUUGCAGAAAACCUAUGAUGAGGGUUUUCGCAGCGUUGCCAUCUGUCUCCUUCAUUCAUACACAUUUCCAGACCACGAGGCCGCAAUAUCCUCCGCGGCCGAGAAUAUUGGCUUUACGCAAAUAUCAGUGUCAAGUCGCAUCUCACCUGCAGUUCGGAUACUCCCUCGUGCCAGUUCGGCUGUGACUGACGCAUAUCUUACUCCUCAGAUCAGAGAUUACCUCGAAGAUUUUGCAUCUGGCGUCACAGAAGAAAGUCUUAACUCUGUGAACUGGCGUAUCAUGCAAUCUGACGGGGGCUUGGUCCACCCAUCCAAAUUAUCUGGUCUCCAUGCAUUGUUAUCUGGCCCGGCAGGAGGUGUGGUUGGGUAUUCCAAGACCUGCUUCGUGUCAGAUGAUCCCACUCCAGUCAUUGGAUUUGACAUGGGUGGGACAUCUACCGAUGUAUCUCGAUAUGCGGGCUCACUUGAACACGUUUUUGAGACGGUCACAGCAGGUGUCCCAAUUCAGGUUCCACAGCUGGACAUUAACACCGUUGCAGCCGGUGGAGGAAGCAUCCUUUCCUGGCGCAAGGGCAUUCUCACCGUUGGUCCUGACAGCGCAGGUUCGCAUCCUGGUCCAGCCUGUUACCGAAAAGGUGGACCAUUGACCGUCACUGAUGCCAACCUCAUCCUGGGUCGAAUUAUUCCAAAAUUCUUCCCUUCUAUUUUUGGAGAAAACCAGGAUCAGCCUCUGGAUUACAAUGCUAGCUACGAAAAGAUGAAGAUACUCCGCGACGAGAUCAAUCAUGACCAGGGAACUCAAAUGUCAGUUGAGGACGUUGCCCAGGGAUUCGUGACCAUUGCGAAUGAAUCCAUGUGUCGACCAAUAAGAGCUAUCACCGAGGCUCGAGGGUAUCGAACUUCUGAGCACAAUCUUGCAUGCUUUGGAGGAGCUGGUGGUCAGCAUGCCUGUGAAAUUGCAAAGAAGCUGGGAAUUACCCGCGUUCUAAUUCACAAGUACUCGGCAAUUUUGUCGGCGUAUGGAAUGGCGCUGGCCGAUACUGUCCAAGAAGCUCGCAUGCCCUUUGCGCAAACACUUUGCAAUGAAAGUAUUGAUAUUGUGAAUCCCCUAUUUGAAGAAUUGCGUCAGAGUACGGUUAAAUCUAUCCAAGAGAUGGAUCCGUCUUGCACCGAAACCAUCUCGUCAUAUUUCUUGAAUCUUCGAUAUCAGGGUAGCGACACCUCCCUCAUGAUUGAAAAGCCAGAGGAAUCUUGGGAUUUCAAGAGUGCUUUUGUCGCCCACCACCAGCGAGAGUUCGGUUUCACACCAACCAAAAGAAGCAUCUUGAUCGAUGACCUACGUGUUCGCACCACGGCCAAGUCAGGCCAUGAUGUGACUGGUGGUCUAGCGGAGCUACAUACUCUUCAAUUUAGGACCGGCGUGAAGCCCGUUGGAAGCACCCGAGUCAGCUUCCCAGAUGUGGGCAUGGUCGACGUACCGCUUUAUUCCCUCCCAGAGAUGCAACCCGGAGAUACCUUCAACGGACCGGCUGUUGUAAUUGAUAAGACUCAAACAAUUGUGAUCUCUCCUGAUUCGGACGUCAAAUUGCUCUCCUCUAUGCUAGUCAUUGAUUUACAAUCAUCAGCCACUCAAGUCAGUCAUGUCACAGUGGACCCCAUUCGCCUAUCUGUUUUUGCAAAUCGCUUCAUGGGAAUUGCCGAGCAAAUGGGACGAGCCCUGCAAAAGACAAGUGUUAGCACGAAUAUAAAGGAACGACUCGACUUUAGCUGUGCCAUUUUCUCAGCGGAUGGAGGUCUGGUUGCAAAUGCCCCCCAUGUACCUGCAAUGCUUGGAAGCAUGGCAUUUGCAGUGAGAUGGCAAAUACAACACUGGAAAGAUGACAUCAAGCAAGGUGAUGUGUUCCUGACAAACUCUCCCAAUGCCGGUGGCACUCAUUUGCCAGAUCUCACCGUUAUCACACCCAUCUUUGACGGAAGAGGAGAGAAAAUCUUGUUCUGGACAGCUUCAAGGGGUCACCAUGCAGAUAUAGGUGGUAUUGUUCCUGGGUCUAUGCCUGCUACGUCCCGCGAGCUGUGGGAGGAAGGUGCUGUGAUUGAUGCGAUAAAGAUGGUGGAAGAUGGUGUCUUCCAGGAGGAUGCCGUCGUGGAGGCAUUGCUACACGCACCUAAACGUUAUCCUAACUGCGAAGGCGCGCGCUGCAUCGAGGAUAAUUUAACUGAUAUCAAGGCUCAAGCGGCAGCUAACCAUCAUGGUAUUAACUUGAUUAAGACACUCAUUGAAGAGUACACUUUGCAAACGGUCAUGCUGUAUAUGAGUGCCGUGCAAAAGGCAUCCGAGAACGCAGUUCGGGAAACUCUCAAAUCCAUUUGUGUGACCAAGGGCCGUCACGUAUUUGAGGCAGAAGACUUUAUGGACGAUGGAUCGGUCAUAAAACUGAAGAUUGAUAUCGACGCCAAAACAGGAGGUGCGGUAUUUGACUUCGAUGGCACAAGUCCUCAAGCAUAUGGAAACUGGAAUGCACCCCCGGCAGUCACAAAUUCAGCCACGAUUUACUCAUUACGCUGUCUUGUUGCAUCAGAAAUCCCACUGAAUCAAGGCUGCAUACUUCCAAUUGAUUUGCAGAUCCCCGAGAAAUCGCUCCUCUCACCAUCACCAGAGGCAGCAUGUGCAGCCGGCAACGGCCUAACAUGCCAACGAAUCGUCGACGUGAUAUUCAAAGCUCUCGAAGUCUGCGCCGCAAGUAACGGCUGCAUGGCAAACUUCACAUUCGGACUUUCAGCACAUAAUGGUUUCGGAUAUUAUGAGACUAUUGCUGGAGGUAGUGGAGCAGGGCCCUCAUGGCAAGGCGAAGAUGGAGUCCACUGCCACAUGACGAACACGCGGAUUACUGAUGCCGAGAUUCUGGAGCGCCGAUAUCCUGUCCUGCUUCGUGAAUAUAGCCUCCGCCCAGGCACUGGCGGAAAGGGAGCCUAUCGGGGCGGUGAUGGUGUUGCGCGCGAGCUGGAAUUUCAGAUUGAUAUGCAUGUAGGGAUCCUUUCGGAGCGCAGAGUCUUCCGUCCAUAUGGGAUGGCUGGUGGUGAAGACGGGGCUCGUGGAUUGAACUUGUGGAUCCAAAAUAGUGGAUUGGUGGUGAACAUUGGAGGCAAGAACCAGUGUAAUGUCAAAGCCGGCGAUCGCAUGCGCAUCAUGACACCAGGAGGAGGUGGCUAUGGAGUCAGGAAGGCCAAUAUCACUCCUGAGAUGAUGAAAAACGGAGGGUCUGAGUUCAUACCUCGCGCUAAUGGCUCAUAUCACAACAUGCAAGCCAUGGCGGAAUCGAAUUGA